AUGCAGUACAGCGGCGUCCCCGUCCCUCCCCCUUCCUCCGCUCCUCCUAGUUCUCUCCCCGGCGUCACGCGGGAGGGCCGGAGAUUGGCAUCGGCGGGGCUGAGCGCGGGCGGCGGCGGCGGUCGCAGCGCAGGGGUCACGGCGGCGGCGGCGGCUGACGGCUGGAAGGGCAGGCUUCCUUCGCCGCUCGUCCUCCUUCCCGGGUCCGCUCGGUGUCAGGCGCAGCGGCGGCGGCGCGCGGGCCGGACUUCGUCCUCCCUCCAGCACCCGCCGGCCCGGGAGCGGGCGCUCUUCCCUUGGCCGUGCUCCGACGUCUCGCCCCGGGGACUGGGCGCCUCCUCCGGCGGAGCUCACGGAGCAGGGGCCGGUCUCCUGCUCGCCUGUCGCGCCUCCAUGUCGGAUAACCAGAGCUGGAACUCGUCGGGCUCGGAGGAGGAUCCGGAGACGGAGUUCGGGCCGCCCGUGGAGCGCUGCGGGGUCCUCAGCAAGUGGACAAACUACAUUCAUGGGUGGCAAGAUCGUUGGGUAGUUAUGAAAAAUAAUACUUUGAGUUACUACAAAUCUGAAGACGAGACAGAGUAUGGCUGCAGAGGAUCCAUCUGUCUUAGCAAGGCUGUCAUCACGCCCCAUGAUUUUGAUGAAUGUCGAUUUGAUAUUAGUGUAAAUGAUAGCGUUUGGUAUCUUCGUGCUCAGGAUCCAGAUCAUAGACAGCAGUGGAUAGAUGCCAUCGAACAGCACAAGACUGAAUCUGGUUAUGGAUCUGAAUCCAGCUUGCGUCGACAUGGUUCAAUGGUAUCACUGGUGUCUGGAGCAAGUGGCUAUUCUGCAACAUCCACCUCUUCAUUCAAGAAAGGCCACAGUUUACGUGAGAAAUUGGCUGAAAUGGAAACCUUUAGAGAUAUCCUAUGUAGACAAGUUGAUACUCUACAGAAGUACUUUGAUGCCUGUGCUGAUGCUGUCUCCAAGGAUGAACUUCAAAGGGAUAAAGUGGUAGAAGAUGAUGAAGAUGACUUUCCUACAACACGUUCUGAUGGAGACUUCUUGCAUAAUACCAAUGGCAAUAAGGAAAAAUUAUUUCCACAGGUAACACUGAAAGGAAUUAAUGGUAUAGACUUUAAAGGGGAGGCAAUAACUUUUAAAGCAACUACUGCUGGAAUUCUUGCUACACUUUCUCAUUGUAUUGAACUAAUGGUAAAACGUGAAGACAGCUGGCAAAAGAGAAUGGAUAAGGAAAUGGAGAAAAGAAGAAGAGCAGAGGAAGCAUGCAAAAAUGCCAUGAUAGAACUUAAGAAAAAAUCUCACUUUGGAGGACCUGAUUAUGAGGAAGGUCCAAAUAGUCUGAUUAAUGAAGAAGAAUUCUUUGAUGCUGUUGAAGCUGCUCUUGACAGACAAGAUAAAAUAGAAGAACAGUCACAGAGCGAAAAGGUCAGGUUACAUUGGCCUACAUCCAUGCCAUCUGGAGAUGCCUUUUCCUCUGUGGGGACUCAUAGAUUUGUCCAAAAGGUGGAAGAGAUGGUGCAGAACCACAUGACUUACUCAUUACAGGAUGUAGGUGGAGAUGCCAAUUGGCAGCUGGUUGUGGAAGAAGGAGAAAUGAAGGUAUAUAGGAGGGAAGUAGAAGAAAAUGGGAUUGUUCUGGAUCCUUUGAAAGCUACCCAUGCAGUUAAAGGAGUUACAGGACAUGAGGUCUGCAAUUACUUCUGGAAUGUUGAUGUUCGCAAUGAUUGGGAAACAACUAUAGAAAACUUUCAUGUGGUGGAAACAUUAGCUGAUAAUGCAAUCAUCAUUUAUCAAACGCACAAGAGAGUGUGGCCUGCUUCUCAGCGAGAUGUAUUAUAUCUUUCUGCCAUUCGAAAGAUACCAGCCUUUACUGAAAAUGACCCUGAAACUUGGAUAGUUUGUAAUUUUUCUGUGGAUCAUGACAGUGCUCCUCUGAACAAUCGAUGUGUUCGUGCCAAAAUAAAUAUUGCUAUGAUUUGUCAAACCUUGGUUAGCCCACCAGAAGGAAACCAGAAGAUUAGCAGGGACAACAUUUUAUGCAAGAUUACAUAUGUAGCUAAUGUGAACCCUGGAGGAUGGGCACCAGCCUCAGUGUUAAGGGCAGUGGCAAAACGAGAGUAUCCAAAGUUUCUAAAACGAUUUACUUCUUACGUACAAGAGAAAACAGCAGGAAAACCUAUUUUGUUCUAG